AUGGCGGGCGCCCCAGUGCGAAGAGCUUCUUACAAGGACACUUUGCAGCCUGCUCUUCAUAGGCGCUUUUCCUCAACCGCCAUUCUUUUGCUGGCCGUGUCGUAUUUGGAAGCCUUGCUCCUUGCCAAUUGGAGCUCAUAUUUCUGGUCAUGGUUCCCAUUUGGGCCCGUCGGCUUCCGAACCCUGCUCAUCUUCUCUUGCGGACUGUCGAUUCUCAUCCUCCGGAUCGCACAUUACCAUGUCGGGCUGAAGACGACCGAAUCCGGGUUGCAGGGCCUCAUAUCUUCCCUGCUUAGCCUUUCAACCUACGAGACUGCUUUUUGGUACUGCACGUCGAGCUUUCUCUUCUGCGCCAUCUUCCUUUUCUCCAUGUCGGAAUCUUCGAACCUGCGCUGGAUCACCUACCUGAGUGGCAGUCGAGCACGGGUGAACGAGAGACCCUUGUUUCUUGCUUGUUAUCUGGGCGUCUGUGCUCUUUUUCAGACCAUUACGCACUACAGAUUCGAUAUCGACCGCCUGGAUUUCAACGUCUCCAAACGCCAGGCUAAAGUCCAGCAAGCCGCCCUGGGCGUCUUGCCCCAGUCUUUCCAGAUCGUGCUCUUCCAGCUUCCUGGCACUCUUGCACGAUGCACACAGCAAGCUGUCUCGGCUCUGUUGAUGUGUCUUUUUGUAUACUACUUCGUCCUGCGAUCCUUUGCCUGGGGCUGGGCUUUGGCCUUGCUCCGCCCGUUCUACAGUUUACCCAAGACCAACAUUGUCCCAGCUACCUGGCCGACCGACAUAUACUUGUUGGUGCGCUGCAUAUAUGCAGGGACACUGAUGCAGUUUGUGUGGGCGGCGGGAAACACAGCCUUCUCUGUGUUCAUGGUCAGAGAGCCGCUCAAAAACGGCAACCCUUUGACAUCAGAGUCCAAGGACCCAAACGGCAGUCUCCUGAAUGGGCUCAAGAGCAAGAAACUCUCCAUCAAGUCUUUUGCCAUGUGGGAGCUUGCUCUCAUUGCUCAAAAUUUUGAGGUGAGGCGACAGGCCAUCUUCUGUGACAUUGACCGCAAAGAUGGCCCGAUGUGGUCACAAGUCUAUGCCAUCUGCAUGGGGCUUUUGAAGCAAAUUGAAACUCGUGUUGAUGAAUAUGGAAAACCGCCACCGUCGGCUUUUGCACAAUCCAAUCCCAUUGUCGAGGCGAGACAACGUACGGCAGCUCCACUUCGACAGGAGCCCAUCUUCACUAGUAAAGGCGAGACGCCUGGGCUUCUCAGCGGAGUGGAGAAGGCCUUGGACCAACUUGUCAGAAGUCCAGGUUCAUCUCCAGUGUCCGAGCUCAGUCCCUUGGCGAAGAAGACGUGGAGGGAUGCCAAGGACAGGGUGCUAACGAAGGAGCAGCAGGAAGCGCUGUCUCCUGAGCAUCUGCGAAGCGAGUUGGGCAACUGGAUGGCAGGUCUCGUGAGAAUUGACUACAUUGGCCGUCUGUUCCGCCACGAUUUCCGCACUCGAGUUUCCGGGGUCAUGCUGGGCACGCCAUACGCCGAACCAACCUUGUACGCCAACGCUGCCCAAGCUCUUUGUCUGUUGGCAGUUCACAGUCUCGCUGAAGACGUAUUCGGAAACGUCCACAGGGAUGUUCCCAGCAUCAUCCGCACCCUGACCGCCGUCAUACGGAAGGUUGAAGGCCUGGUUCAACGCAUUCCUUUGCACUGGACUGACGCGAGUGGUACCAAUGAGUCACCAGAGGUGGACCAAAUUCUAGAUGCCUUGAGGGGCGGUUUGGAACAGGUCGUCACCAAAUUUGAGCCAUACAGCAACGAUCUUAGGCUAUCGCUUGGAGACGUUCGCUUGGCCAAGGAGGCCAUUCUGAUGCCCGAGAGGCAGGCUCCCGAAAGAAAGGAAAAGGAAGCAGUGGUGAAGCCCAAGACGAUUGAUGAGAAGAAGAUGGAGCCGGCAAAGCAACGGCGGGAGUUUAAGCGCGCGGAAAUGGAACAAACAAGAUAA